CCUUAGGAGGAGCUAGAGGUGCUCUCCCGGACCCUGUGCCGCUGUAUCCAUUAAGCUGGUCCCAGCUCCUGCUCUGAAAAUGGCCCUGCUUCUCUUUCUCUUUGGGGGCUUUUGGACCCAGGUGUUGAGCAGCCCAGCAGGUCUGCAGAACACAACGAUGUUGAUGACUACCCCACAUAUCAAGGUCCCAACUACUUCUGAGGCCUUGAAUGUCAGCUCAACAAUCUCUAGUAGACCAGAGGCAGAGGACCCUCAGGAGACUACCAGCACGUGGAGUCAGACCCCACACACGCCUUUCCCAAUCUCCCUUGAAACUACUGAAUCGUCUUCUCUUGGGGCUCCCACUUCCCUUGGGGCUCCCACUGAUGCCAGCACGAGCACUCCUGUACCAGAGCCCACGCCCUCCCAGGAAGUUUCCAAUAUGACAUCAGCGCAGCUUCCAGAAGCAUCAGAUGUAACCAGCGAACCUCCUACCACCACAGCCAAUCCUGUGAUAGACAAAACUGAGACAUUUCCCUCACUAGACACCUUUGGAGGGACUAGUGCACCCCCUGUCACCAUGACAACAAGCUCCAAGGAGACCGGUGGACCCUCUGUGUCUACAACAGUAAGCUCCAAGUCCAGUGGUCCCCCUGUCACCAUGACUACUGGGGCUCUGGAGCUCUCCAGUGAGACUCAUGGACUCCCUGCCACCAUAGCAACCGGUUCUGUGGAGAGUUCUAGCGUAGCCGGUGGCACCCCAGUCUCCAAUAUAAAAAUAUCCACAAUGUCUACCCCAGGGCCUGUAACCUCCAGGAAGCCACGCCGGGAAUCAAGUGGCACGUUGCUAGUGCCAGUGCUUGUGGCCUUUCUAUUGGCUUUGGCCCUUUUGGCGCUGCUGGUGUUGUGGCGCCGGAGGCAGAAUCGGAGGACUGGGGCCCUGACCCUGAACAGAGGAGGAAAGCGCAAUGGGGUCGUGGAUGCUUGGGCUGGGCCAGCCCAGGUUCCUGAUGAAGAGGCUACAACAGCAACAGCAUCAGGGCCAGCAGGGAACAAGGGCUCGGGGGCCCCGGAGACAGAGGGAUCGGGGCAGCGGCCCAUGCUCACCACUUUCUUCAGCAGACGGAAAUCUCGCCAGGGCUCUUUAGUACUGGAGGAGCUGAAGUCUGGGCCAGGUCCCAAAAAGGGGGAGGAAGAGCCACUGGUGGGCAGCGAGGAUGAGGCUGUGGAAACCCCCACUUCUGAUGGGCCAGAAGCCAAAGACGGGGCUGCACCUCAAAGCAUAUGAGCAACAGGAUGUCUUCAUCCGACCUGCUCCUUAAGCCUGGAUCCUGCUCUCACAUCCUCACACUCUACCCUUGUGAAUAUUUGUUAACCAAGUGCAUUUACUCAUCCGUCCGUCCAUCCAUCCGUCCAUCCGUCCAUCCAUCCAUCCAUC